AUGGCAGCGCAGACUUCGGCGGCAAGUGUGCGCUUUUCGUGCCUGGCGUUAGUUGUUGUCCUUUGCGCUGCCAAGUUUGCUGCUUCGCUUGAUAAUGGCGUCGGGAGGACGCCGGCUAUGGGUUGGAAUUCUUGGAAUUAUUUCCGUUGCAACAUCAACGAAACGAUCAUUCGGCAGGUGGCAGACGCCAUAGUGUCGUCAGGCUUGAAAGAUGCUGGAUACGUUUACGUUAACAUUGACGAUUGCUGGAUGGAGAAGCGCGACCCCCAGACAGGCCGCAUUCAGCCCUUUGCGAGCAAGUUCCCAUCGGGCAUGAAGGCGCUCGCCGACUACAUCCACGGCCUGGGCCUCCGCUUCGGCGUGUACUCUGACACGGGCAACAAGACGUGCGAGGGCUACCCUGGCAGCUGGGGCUACGAGAAACUGGACGCCGCGACGUACGCCGAGUGGGGUGUGGACUACCUCAAGUACGACUACUGCGGCAUGGACGGUGUUCAGGAGAGCGUCAAGGCCUCCUACGAGCGCAUGCGGGACGCCCUGGCGGCCACCGGACGACCCAUUCUCUUCAGUCUGUGCUCCUGGGGCUCGGGGCAGCCCUGGGUGUGGGGAAAAGAGGUCGGCAACUCCUGGCGCACCGGCAUCGACGUGUUCGCUGCCUGGGACCCCGCCCAGGCCCGUGCCCUCAAGCUGCCGUCCUUCCUGCAGCCCAUCCUAGGGGCGGUCCGGCAGACGCAGGGGCUGGCAGAGCACGCGGGUCCCGGCGGCUUCAACGACCCGGAUAUGCUGGUGGUGGGGCUGGACGGAAUGUACCCGUACGGCAUCGUACAGGAGUGUCCCGAGCAUGUAAAGGACUGCAAGCCGGGGGAGUACAUCAGCCGUGACAGGUGGGGCAAGGUGGGCGGCCUAACCCAGACGGAGCAACGCACCCACUUCUCCUACUGGUGCAUCAUGGCGGCACCGCUUAUCCUGGGGAACGACCCACGGGUCAUGAGCAAGGCGACACUGCAGAUUCUGCUGGCCCGCGAGGUCCUCUCCGUGAACCAGGACGCCCUGGGUGUGCAGGGCCGGCCCGUGUGGACUUCCCCGGGGGGGGGUGCCCUGGAGGUGUGGGCCAAGCCGCUGGCUGAUGGCCGCACAGCCCUGCUGCUGGUGAACCUGGGGAACACAACAGUGGAUAUCACCACGGAGUUCAGUCGCGAUCUCCCCACCGAGCACGCCAAGUGGGGUCGUGCGGUCAACACCUCGGGCCCCACCUGUGUGGAUAAGCACGAGCUGUGCCCUGACUGGGCCAAGUCCGGAGAGUGCCUGAAGAAUGCAGCAGCAACCCCGACAUCAUCCAACCCCGACCUCAACCACAUCUGCAUCCAGGCCCCUGGACCCAAGGCCACCGCGCUGGUCCGGGAUCUGUGGCUGGAGGAGGAUCUCGGUGUGUUCACCAGCCGCUUCACCGCCAUCAAGGUGGAGCCCCACGAGGCGCGAUUCGUGACCCUCAAGUGGCUGGAGCCCGCGGAGGCCGCCGCCGCAUCCGCCUCCCUGGACUUCGGUCCCCGCGCUCUCGCCGGCUCCGUGCGCGCAGCCGCCCAGGCCCUCAAGCUGUCCCUGCCGGUGUCUGAAUCCGCGCUCCAGGCCGCCCGGCUCGCCCGGCUGCGCAAGUCCCUUGACGAGGUGCAAUGCGCCACCACCGGGGAGAAGGCCGCCGCCAACCAGCAGCAACAGGACGCUGAUAGCAGCGGGGCCACGGCCGCCGGCUCUACCGCCCGCCGCGCCGCCUUGGGCGGCUCCGCCUCCUCCUCUUCCUCCUCCUCUUACACUACUCCUCUGUGGUUGCACUGGACUGAGAGCAAGGUCAGUCUGGCUCUCAAUCUGGCCAUGGCGGUGGUGCUGUCGUUGGUGCUCAUGCAGCCACCCAGAAGGCCAGCCAAGACCAGCAGGGACCUGCAGGGCCUUAACACGAGCUCCUGUAGGAGGGCCCCGCGGAGUGGCCGGAGUGGCUUGGGCGAGGUGGAUGGUGGGCGCCAGGCGCUGGGGGGUCAAUGGCAGCGCGCCGAAACCAUCUACCGCCAGCUGCAGUCUCGGGGCUAUGCCCCUUCAGCUGACACCACCUCGGCCUUGGUGGCGGGUCUGGCCAGCUCCCAGCAAGGCCAGCGGGCCAUCUCCCUACUGAAAGAAGUGUCGGAGCUGGCCGGGGGCGACCUGACCGGGCUGGGUCCCGCCUACAACCUGGCGGUGCGCGCACUGGCAAGACAAGGUCACCUAGAUGAUGCGUACGACAUACUUCUCCGGUUGAUGAGGGCAGAGGCAGUCGUAGAGGGCAGCACGUUCACAUGUUUGGCGGCCUGCUGCAUGAACGCGGAGCGCACUGAGCUGGCGGAGGAGGUGCUGGAGAUGCGGGACUACCUUUGA